AUGGAGACUCCGGUUUCGGAUCCCGCGUCCAUCAGAGUCGCGCUCGAAGGCUGUGGACAUGGUUGUCUUCACGAUAUCUAUGCUUCAGUGGAGAAGUCGGCGGCUUUGAAAGGCUGGGAUGGGGUCGAUCUGGUCAUCAUCGGAGGUGACUUCCAGGCGGUUCGAAAUUCAAACGACCUUGCUUGUAUGUCGGUGCCAAACAAGUACAAGGAAAUGGGCGACUUCCACGAAUACUAUAGUGGACAGCGCACCGCGCCGUACUUGACGAUCUUCAUUGGCGGCAACCAUGAAGCUAGUAACCAUCUCUUCGAACUCUACUACGGAGGAUGGGUUGCCCCCAACAUUUACUACUUGGGUGCAGCCAACGUCAUCCGAUGUGGUCCGCUUCGCAUUUCGGGCAUGUCCGGCAUCUGGAAGGGCUACGACUACAGAAAGCCUCACUUUGAGAGACUUCCUUACAGCCGCGACGAUCUCCAGAGUAUUUACCAUAUCAGAGAGCUAGACGUUCGCAAGCUGCUCCAGGUUCGCACUCAGGUCGAUCUGGGGCUGUCGCACGACUGGCCCAAGCAGGUCGAGUAUGGCGGCGACUACGAGACCCUUUUCAGAGUAAAGCGAGGAUUCCGCGAAGACUCUGAGAAUGGCAGACUUGGUAGCAUGGCCGCCAAGCAUGUUCUUGAUCGUUUGCGCCCGGCCUACUGGUUCUCUGCACACUUGCACGUGCACUUCGCGUCCCUGAUUCAACAUGGAGACUAUGUUGUGCCUCAGCAUCCUGCUAUGAGACGGCAGGCUGCCAUCGCUUCCAAUGAUAUUCACCAGCCUCCGAAGGCCAUUCACCCCUUCGGCCUGGACGGCUCUGCCGUUACAUCUAUGGUGUUUGGGGAGGACAACCAGCCGGGCGGCAACCCAUUCUCGCUUCGAACUGCAGACAUUGGCCUGGACAGCGCCGUGGAAGAGGAAAGCAACGCUGGUGAAGCAGAGAAUACUCAAACGAUAUCCGAUUCCGAUCAAACUACUCAGGAAGCCCUUCCACGUUCGCUUCCGACUAAGCCUGCCAUGGGGCUGUCGGCGUGGAACAAUUUCCAUGCUGUGGCUACCGAAGCAGAAGCCGCGGAGAACUCUCGCUUCUUGUCAGAACAAAGAGAUGGGCAAGAUUCUUCGCCCCCUGAUAUCAAGCACAACCUGACUUGGCGCAGAAUCGAUACCAAUGAAGAUGGAUCUGGCCGGCGGGUGCUGAGUAUUGAGAAGGACGGUGUCACUGAGAGCGGCAAUAAGAAACAGAAGACUCAGCAUGAGCCCGAGGCUGUCAAGAACUCCGAUGAGAUUGACUUGGACUUGGACAGCGACUCGGAUGAUGGCGUGACCGUCAAAGUGCAGCCUGUGAUGGAAGCUUCCAAACCCGAAGUGGCUCCACCCGCGAAGCCUGCUACGGAUGUGCUCCAGAGCAGCUCUGGAAACGCUCAUACUGGCGUCCCUGACGACGUGCGUGACCAACUCCCCGCAAGUUUCGCACGCCCUCAACCAACCUUCCCGUCCAACGCGACUGGAGUCUCUGACGACGUGCGCAACCAACUCCCCGCCAGCUUCGCCCGUCCUCAGCCCGACCCCUAUCCGAUCAAUGAACCUUUGCCGGCGGCUAUCUCCAACAAAACUACCAGUUUUCUGGCGCUGGAUAAAUGCCUUCCGAACCGUGACUUCCUUCAACUCGUGGAAUUCCACGCUAUCUCUGACCAGGAAGGAGUUCAAUCUGAGCGUCCCUACUGCUUACAGUACGACAAGGAGUGGCUUGCCAUCACACGCGCUUUUGCCGAUGACCUUCACCUCGGAGAGCCUGGCGCCAAACCCUCUGCCGACAAAGGUGACUCCCUCUACAAGCCACUCAUCAUCGAAGAAGAGAAGUGGGUGGAAGAGAAUGUUGUCAAACCUGGAAGGCUACUCGUUCCUGAGAACUUCACCCAGACUGCCCCAGUCUACGACGCCGCAGUCCCAAUCACCACUGAUGAGCAACCUAUGGAGUUCACAAACCCCCAGACUACCCAAUUCUGCGAACUGAUCGGAAUCACGAACAAGUUCCACCUCAGUGACGAAGAACGCCAGGCUCGUAUGGCCUCUGGUCCCCGCCCCGGCGAAUCCAGAAGAGACCGCCCUCGUCGCGGUGGCUUUGGUUUCGGACGCGGACGUGGAGGUCGCGGUCGCGGCCGUGGCAACCGUCGCUAA